CAUAGUCACAGCAACCACGAUCAGCUGUUUGUAACAAGUGUUCCUGCUACUCAAAAUCCAACUAGUUUGCUUUCUAAAAUUAGUGUCUUUGAUGUGCGAGUUUUCAAUUAUCACAAGUUGUAUAAUUCAAGGAAUAAAUUGUGCGCGUUGACAUAAAUGCAAUUAAAGUGUAAACCAAUUUAUCAAACAAUAUUGCUUGGCAUAGGUUAGGAACAACCAUAAUAAAAGUUUGUCAAUUAAAACAAAUCAUAAUUAAAAUAAUGUGGAAACGUAAAGUGGAAUCAACUACAAGUAAACCAACAAAAAAGUGUCACUGGUCGACUGGUUUGCUUAAAUCAAUGGAGGACCCUGAAUGCAAAAUUAAAGAAGAUGAUAAGAUAAUUGUCAUUAACGAUAAAUAUCCUAAAGCACAAUUUCACUAUUUGGUUUUGCCAAAAGAAGAUAUUCUUUCCAUAUGGCAUGUCCAAGGAAAGCAUCAUGAUUUGCUAAUACACAUGCAUAAUGUAGCUCGUACUCUUGUGGAGAAACAAAGUAAUCAUGAAUUCAUUAUGGGUUAUCAUGCAAUGCCAAGUAUGCAGAGACUGCACUUACAUGUAAUAAGUACGGACUUCAAUAGUCCUUGCCUCAAAACCAAGUACCACUGGAACUCAUUUACGACACCAUUCUUGUUACAUUCAUCAGAUGUAUGUCGUCAGCUGCGCGAAACAGGCGAAGUCAAGAAAAUUCCCACGGAAACUUGGAAAGAUUAUCUGAACACGAACCUGAAAUGCCAUAAGUGCUCAACGCAGCCGAAAAAUAUGCCAGAUUUGAAGAGGCAUUUAUUAACACACAUUGACAGUAAACAACAAUAAAAAAAUUGGAUGUACAUCAAAUGCAAAAUGUGAUUAAAAUUUUGAUCACAUGUAUUUAAAGAAAAUAAAUUUUAUCAUUUCGUAUCUAACUCGCUGGAAAGCUUACAAAUUUUCGCAAAACAUUAAGCCAAACAUUUCUUUGUUCAAAAUAAUAAAUUGUUUUGUUAUUUAAUAUUACUUAAUGCGCUAAAGGACCUUUUAAAGGAUAGGAUUAUUGCAAGGUAAAUGAGAAUACAGAUUUAUGCGAUAUUUCGGAAAAUUUACUAUAAAUAAAUUUGAUGUUAUUCUUAAUAGAUCUUGGCGCCUAUAAUAUCAAUUACAUUCUAAUUAUUUACAAAGUCUUCUCGUAAGUUGCGCGUCAUGUUCGAGGGGUACUUAGAGUGUACAUUGACGGUGUGUGUGUUUCUGUGUGUAUGCGUGUAUGUGUGUAUAUGUGAAGCAUGUAUCGUGUGUAUGUUAUACUUAAUUUGUAUACAUUUAGUAAUACUGCAAUUAAUAGUUGAAGCGUUUCUGCUGUAUCGAAACAGUAGGCAUCUGAAUACUCGCAAGGCCUUGCUGUUAUUGCUUGCGUAUUCUCGCAGAUUCACGAACGGUUCCGCGACGGGGUGUAAAGAUUUCCGAUUUUAAGUAUCCAUCUCGCGUUCGAGACUUCUAGCCUAAUUAAAUUAACUAUUUCUUUUCUCACUGAACGUAGUGCCUCGCCGUAUUUUCUUACGGAGUCACGUUCGAAUCGACUAUGAUAUAUAUAUGGUGUGAGGGGGAGGGAGGGUGACUGACUUGCGGUCCGCAAGGGCAGCAGGAAUCUCGGGGGAGCGGUCGACGGUCGAAAAACAUUUUCGCCGAAUGUUCCUCGCCCUUUUCGGAAAAGCCGGCACACCCAUUGUAUCCUCUUAGAGAGGCGCGCGCGCGCAUUCCCAUCUAAAAGUUUGCAACGCCUGCAUAAAACGUAGGACCUGCAAAGUUUACCACGAUGGAAACAACGCGCGCGCGCGCGAUCCGCUCUCCCUAUCUCGUACGUA